AUGGCAGUGGGAAUGGGGGGCUUGGCGGAGUACCUGUGGCUGCUGCUGCCCCUCCUGGGGGGGCUUCUGGUGGUGCCAGCGGAGGACGAGACGUCGGUGGUGGUCUUCGCGCAGCGCGGCCGGAGCUCGGCGGCGGGGGGCCCCGGCGAGUUCAUGUACGAGGUCAACGGCGACGAGGUCUUCCACGUGGACCCGCAGCGCCAGAAGGCCGUCUGGCGGCUGCCCCGCUUCCAGCAGUUCGCCGCCGUCCAGGCCGAGGGGGCCCAGGGGGCCCUGGGCGUGGUCCGCCGCAACCUGGACACCCUCAUGCGCCUCUCCAACCACACCCCGGCCCAGAACGUCCCCCCAAAGGUGACGGUGUACCCGGAGAUGCCGGUGGCCCUGGGGGAGCCCAACGUGCUCGUCUGCCUGGCGAACGAGUUCUCGCCCCCGGUGAUCAGUCUGACCUGGCUGAAGAAUGGGCAGGAGGUGAAGGACCGGGUGGAGGAGACGGACUUCUACCCCAGCACAGACUAUUCCUUCCGCAAGUUCUCCUACCUGACCUUCAUCCCUGAGGCCGAGGACAUCUACUACUGCCGAGUGGAGCACUGGGGGCUGGCCCAGCCCCUCACCAGGGAGUGGAAUGCUGACAUGGAUGAGCCCCUCCCGGAGACAGCGGAGAACAUGGUGUGUGGCCUGGGCCUGGUCGUGGGCAUCAUGGGCAUCAUUGUGGGCAUCGUCUUCACCAUCAAGAGCCGGCAGAUGAAUGAGGCCAACUUACGCCGGAGGCCGAUGUGA